AGAGAGAGUUUAGAUCAUUCAUUCCAAUAUUCUUAGCAAAAGACAAUGAAUAUUUUUCAUAGGCUGUUUAUGUUAUAUUUGUAUUUAUUCACACCUGUCUUAUUUGUGGAACUUUCUUUGCUUCUUUAUUAUGCAUUCAAGAAAGCACCAGUGCCAUCAGAAACCAAAGAUCCUAAAAAGCUACGACUGUAUCAUGUACUCUCAGUGUUCAUUUUUCGUCUGGGAAAGAUUUUUGAGAAAUUAGGGAUCUGCAACCAAAUUGCAUUUGUUAGAUUUGUGUUAAAUUUGGCACUUCCUGGAAAAGAACCAAAUCUCCUCAUUCGGGAUACAAAGUUUGAACAAGUGCCAGUAAGGAUUUACCAGCCGAAAACACCUUCUGCUCAGCCAAGGAAAGGACUGCUCUACCUACAUGGAGGAUGUGGGAUUUUUGGGAGCAACAGAGGCUAUGAACGAGUAUGCCGCCAUCUUGCUCGAGGAAGUGACUUAGUGGUUGUAUAUGUUGAGUAUCGCUUAGCCCCUGAACAUGAACAUCCGGCCCAAUUAUCAGAUUGUCUCACAGCCACAACAUACUUCCUGAACCAUUCUAAAGACUACGGAGUGGAUCCUAACUGUAUUAUUCUCGCCGGAGAAAGUAGCGGAGGUGCACUUGUUGCUGCUAUUAACCGUGAACUGAUAAAAAGUUCAACUACCCCAAAGGUUCAAGCUCAGAUCCUGAUCUACCCAUUCCUCCAGAUAAUGGAUCUUUCUUUGCCAUCCCAUCAGCAAAAUCACCUCGGUCCUGGCUUGACUCGGAAGCGGGCUAUGAAACUUGGCUUAGUGUUUAUAAAGGGGAAAGGUGAUGAUGUUGAAAGACUCAUGAACAAUGCCCACGUUCCUGAGUCCAUGAAGACAAAGUACAAGAAAUGGCUUAGUGCAGACUGCAUCCCAGAGGAAUUUAAAAGCAGAGGCUAUAAGCCACCUUCGCCUAUUCCCUUUUCAAAAGAACUGUGUGAACUAACCAGACUAAAUGAUGAGACGAUGCUGUCCCCUAUUUUAGAUGAGGAUGCCAUUGUCCAACAACUCCCUAAGACUUACAUUUUAACCUGUGAAUAUGACUUAAUAAGAGAUGAUGGACUUUUAUACAAGAAACGGCUAGAGGACAAUAACGUGUCUGUGACAUGGAACCACGUGAAGGAUGGAUUCCAUGGAUUUAUUAUGUUUAUUGACAUUUGGCCACUUGAGUUUUCGUGCACAAAAAAUGCAUUUGAAGAUAUCUUGAAGUUUAUAAAAGGGUUAUAAGAAUGACAACAACCAGUAUGACUGCUCAGAGUUCCUACCUUUGUAUUACCUGGUAAAUAUGGUUGGAGAACACACAGCAGCUGAAGUGAUUUCUGCCCAUUCACUGAAGGAAGCUUUUUAAAUACACAAGAAUAAGUGAGGCUACUUCUGUA